AUGGACGUCUCAUCAAGCCCUAUCUCGAAGUCGACAGCUGAGCUCGUUAGGCAGAUACUUUCUCCAGAUACCGAAGGAAGAACAAAGCCAAUCCUACGCAGACCAGUUCACACUCUGAAGAGGGCCGGACCAUCCAUCAAAGCACCUCCACGCGACUACAAAUCCCCUUCCCCGGAGGAGGACGAAUCAUCUAGAGACUGUGACUCUGAACUCGAAGAAGCCUGCCAAGAAUUAGACCGUCCCAAACUCGAGAGCCGCAGUGAGUUUCCCGAAGAGCAAUCCAGGCUUUUCUGCUGCCCAAACCUCAUAAAGCACUUCCGGGCCUCUCCUAUGAUGCCCCUCGAACUGGAUGAAACACACGGCCCCAUCAUCGAGGACUUCAUCGCCCAUGUCAAUAAUCUUACGCUUGAGUGGCGAGUUGAAAACCCCACGUUCGACAUCCUCGGCGAUGUGGCAUACAUCAUCAAAGUUAACAAAGUCGUGAGAGGCGAGGAGGUCUUCACUCAUCUAUUCUUGCAGGAUGAGAGCGAAGGCUGGUUUGCGGAGCUCAUGCGGACGCCGAAACUGCUGCCGUUUAACCCCAGUGGUCCAGGUAGCUACCAGAGCUAUUGUUGUACAAAGCAUAUCAGUAUGUACAGGGUGGGGUUCUUUGAGAAGGUGUACUCGAAGAAACAUGACAGAUGGACAUUUGGGGAUAAGGGACUUGAUGUCGUGAUGGGAUUGAUGACUCAGUCUGAGAGGGAGGUGGAGAUGCUAAGCUGUCCCGCAAUUCAUUGA